UGCCGAAAAUCGGAGCAGCUUCGCGAGCAGCCGAACCGGGAGGCAAACUGGAGCGAGACGUCCCCGUAUUUUCGGAGCUUCGGCGCGGGAAAGAUCUCUCCUUCCGCCCUGGACUAGCCUCGCCCUCCCCCCCCGUUGCCCGGUUGCGCAAGCAGGUAUUCGGAAAUAGCCCGUGAGUCGCGGUUAUGAAUUGAUAGCAAACACAUGCUGGACACGCCGCGCGGACCGGCUUCCUCGACCAAGACGCUCCUCCCUGCCUCGUGCUUAGGCCACCUCGUAGUACGACCAGUUUCUCCGCGCUGAAACGUUUUCACCUGCUGCUGGCAAGAGUCCCCGGACUGACUGGCUUCGGAGGAACAUUUAGAUUCGCGUCGAACAGCAGAUGUUACGCGCUCGUCGAAGCUGCCAACGUUUGUUGCUGGGUACCGCGUUUACCCAGUGACCUAGAAGGGAUCGGUGCCUGCAACAAUACCGAUCUUUUGGGCCGUCAAACUUUAAAGCAACGUCUUGGUAUUCGACGAAGCUGGCGAUCUCCGUUGCAAGGUUAUCCUCUACAAUUUGAAGACGUUGGAUACUCGGAAGAAAUGAACGAAUCCAGUGAGGAUACCGUCCAAUCUUUUAGUACUCUACGGAAGGUUUCGAUUAAAGCUAACCAACGGAAUGCCCCUUAGUCAUCCUGCUAGUUACCACAUUCACCCAGUGACUCGGGGAUCGGUAUCUCCGAAUAUAUCAGCUCUCGAAGCUUAUCUGGUCCAGGUCAUCAGGACUCCAAAGUCAGCGUUGAAAAUCACGCAUGCUCGAAAAUCAGCAGUGUUCUGCUUCCAUUGAGAUUCCCUGAUACCUUCACGGCAAACCACUCAACCCUCGACCAGCGAGGAGCGUGUCGACGAGCGUCAUGGAGCCCAGCGACCAUUGACGAGGAUUUAGCAUGGGAUAAAAGACUCCUGAACUCGUGACACUGGGUCACCGCGAUGUCGUGACGAUCGAGACCUAUCUAUAUGAAUCGCGGAGCAGGCAUGGAGCCGCUGAAAGACUCUCUGACGUUGUUCCGAGUGUUGUCACGGUGAUGUAAUAUCGAGCGCGUGCAUAAAAAAAUAUACCCGAACCGCCUUUGCACGCGGCUUCGAGUAAAUGACAGUGAUCCGGGGAUUCGUGUAUGUACAGUGAGCACACGAGGACGACACUCAUGUACGUUGACUACGGCGGCGACGCUUAUGCCGGAAUGGGAAUCAAGGCCAUGAAGUCCUUUGCCAGGCCCAGAGAUAUACCGGCGCAAGUGCCGCCGUUAACGCCUGGGACCAACAAGAAGAUGACCGAGGCCCUGGAGGCCUCUUUCGCCUCCUGGGAAAAGGAACGAGUCCGCCUCAACAUAACCAAAGACCCGAGGCAAUGGUCGGAAGCAGCUGUCGCUCACUGGCUGCACUGGGCGAUCGGAGAGUUUUCCCUCGAGGGUGUGGCGAUGCAGCCCUGGCAGCACAUGACCGGGAAACAGAUUUGUGCCAUGGGGAAGGAAUCCUUUUUGGCACGUGCUCCGGCCUUUAUGGGCGAUAUCCUGUGGGAACACCUCGAGAUCCUGCAGAAAGAUGUCGACGCGGCGAAGGCCUCUCUGGAGAACGUGCCGGGCAACGUGUACGAAAGCGUGUGCGUGCCAGAUUUAGGCGAUUUCUUGGGAUACCAGAGCGCCGGCCAUCAGGUGGCGACGCCGGAACACAAGAGCCCAGCGACGCCCGCAAGUUCCGCCACCUCGAACUCCUCUGGCCCUCAAACCGGAACUCAACCGCCGUCCACGUUGCAACCGUCCUCCGGUGCAGUUUCUCUACCCUCGAGACAGUAUCAUAACGAUGGAGGUUACAAUCAUCUCCGCAGUCCCGUGUGCCAAGACGAGAACCAGAGGGACGAAACCUCGCCUCCACCGCAUAGCCAUAGCACUCAAGCCCCGAACUCUCAUUCCAGUACUCCGAACAGCAACAAUAACAAUAAUAACAAUAACAGCGCGAACAGCGCUUACAUACAUCUACGAAACUUAAACCAGCUUAAAACGGAGUCGACCUACAGCAAUCACCAUAUAACGGAACACCUGCAAGGUGGUGGCGGAGGGUUGACGAGCGGCAACGAUCUCGCGGGUACAGGGACCAAUGAAAGCGACCUCAGGGUCAGCCAAACUGGGACGGAGAGUUACAUGACUCCAGCUCACUAUUCCGGAUACGACGAGGCCUCGGAGUACCACAGCCUGUCGCAGGAUCAUCAGCCUCCCCAUCCCUACAAUCUGGACGCUUCCCCAGAAUUUUACAGCACCACUGGUAUUCACCUCGAGCCGAAGUACCAACCGUCGCCGUACAAAAACUACCCCCGAGGUCGCUAUCAUGAGGGAUACAGCGAGAGUGGAGGUUACGGGCAGUACGACGCGACGCCAUUCCAAACGGUUCCUGGAAGCGGAAGCGGUGGCGGAGGUGGCGGCGUUGGCGGUGAUCAAUGGGCAGUCGGUCCCGUUGGAGAACACCUGUCCCAUCAUCCCGCUUUUCUCGCAGGACUUGGCCCGCGAGACUCUUCGAAUCCCCAUCAUCCCUCGUCUAUCGGAAACAAUCCGGAUCAGAAGCCUCUGUUGCAGAGCGCGAUGAUCGCCGGUUACACAAGCAGUGGACCUUGCUUCACUGGUUCAGGCCCCAUUCAGCUCUGGCAGUUUCUGUUAGAACUUCUAACAGACAAAUCAUGCCAAGGCUUCAUCUCGUGGACCGGCGAUGGCUGGGAAUUCAAGCUGACAGACCCGGACGAGGUGGCUCGUCGCUGGGGCAUUCGCAAGAACAAGCCUAAAAUGAACUACGAGAAGCUGAGCCGUGGUCUUCGUUAUUACUACGACAAGAACAUUAUACACAAGACCGCUGGAAAGCGAUACGUCUACCGUUUUGUCUGUGACUUACAGAGUCUCCUAGGAUACAGUCCAGAAGAACUCCAUGCAAUGGUGGACUUGAAACCAGAGAAGAAGGAAGAAGACUGAGUUUUUGUUACUGGACGUGUUCAAGGACCGUGUCGUAUAUCAAAGAAUCCAAGCAAUUCGUAGAUAUCGCACUGAAACAAAGAUGCGACAAAAAAAUGUAACGAACAAUGUGUAACGAACAAACGAUGGAGGAACAAACCAACGGUGUAUCGCUAACGAAAGAAUUUGUCAAUGGCGGAAGACUAACAAUCCAUGUCUUCUACGUUCAGAUAUAUUACAAUUAUACCUUGUUUGGGUAUAAUAAAAUCGAAUCGGUCGUAUGUACCAAAGACAGGGUCUGCAUACCAUUGGUGCCUAAAGUUAAUGACUAAAAAAUUGUGAAUUUGUUUCUAAGUGAUUAAUUUUGCCAAGCCAGAUUUUAGAAGAUAUUUAUAGGAAAUAACUCAACAAUUUAUACAUAUUAUAUAUAUAUAUAUAUUAUACAUAUAAAUAUAUAUAAAUAUAUAUAUAUACAUAUAUUUUUAAUGUUACAUGAUUUCUAAGCACUACGUCGAGCACACGAUGCGUCUAAAUUAUUUAUGUCCCCAUCAUUUUAAACGUGCGUGUUAAUAUCUCGUUGAUAGAUGACACCAUAUGUGAUUGUUAUUACUAUAAUUUUACUACAAUGAAGCCAUUAUACCAUUUUAUUAGACGGCGAGCUUUCAAUCCAACAUUUCGAUGCUUUUCUACGUGUAGAUUAUUACUAAGUUUAGUAUUACGUUUUUAAGCUCGCUAGCUGCAACAACUGUAAACACUCGUUUUAUACUAUCAUUGAUUUUCCUAUUUCACUUUCUCUCGAUGUCUGAUGUGCGACCAGGCCCAAAUAUAACGUCGGAGAAUUAUAAUAUUUAAGAUCGUUUCGAGCGCGAAAAAGGUAUGCUGUUAAUUUCGCUGCAAGUUGUAUGUUUUGGCGCGUUUUUUCCUUAACGAAAUCGUUACGUUUCGUUGAUCUCUAUUAUUUCCUAACGAUAAAACAGAAAAAUUGUUUUCGAAAGAGGGGGCGACGUGCAACCAGUGUUCAAGGUCAUAGAUAUGUGGAACAGUACUUGCGAUAGAAAACAAUAAUUGUAAUCUUCGGUAAUCAAGGUAUUAGCAAAUUAUGCAACAUUCCCAUUCGACCAACAUUUUAAAACUGGUGAUUCGUAGAUACAAUAUUUAACAAGAAAAUCGAAACGACGAAUUCGUCUCACUUUUCUGUUUCAAGUACCGUUUCAGUCGUAUCUAUAAUUACAUUGUAUGCAUGUAACAAAAAAAAAGAAAUCCACUUUCCGAAGAAA